CUUCGGAUAUGAGUUACUCGGGUAGGAGGUGGUCCACGUCAUAUUUUAGACUUACCGUGCUUAUAAAAAUGGCGGAUGUCUGUUUCCAGCAGAAAAGACGUAAUUAUUAAUUUGAUAUAAGAGAGAAGAUCAAGAGAAAAGCUGAAAAUGUCAAAGCAUUCUGUUUCCAAUAAAAACUUUCAAUGUGAUAUUUGUGGUAAAUCAAUAAGAGACUCUACUAGUUUAAAUAGUCACAUUAUGAUUCAUACUGGGGAGAGGCCAUAUAAAUGUGAUGUUUGUAGGAAAUCAUUUACCAAUAGUAGCAGUCUACAGCAACACAUCAAAAUACAUACUGGUGAAAAACCCUUUUCUUGUGAUGUUUGUAGAAAAUCAUUUACCCAUAGAAGUAAUCUGGAACAACACACCAGAACCCAUACCGGAAAAAAACCCUUUUCUUGUGAUGUUUGUAGUAAAUCAUUUACCACUUGUGGUAAUCUCCAAGUACACACCAGAAUCCAUACAGGGGAAAAACCCUUUUUUUGUGAUGUUUGUAGUAAAACAUUUACCACUAGUAGAGGUCGAGAAAAACACACCAGAAUUCAUACUGGUGAAAAACCCUAUUCUUGUGAUGUUUGUAGAAAAUCUUUCACCACUAUUGAUAAUCUACAUUCACACACCAGGACUCAUACUGGCGAAAAACCCUUUUCUUGUGAUAUUUGUAAAAAAUCAUUUACGCAGAGUAAUAAUCUACAGGUACACACCAGAACCCAUACAGGUGAAAAACCCUUUUCUUGUGAUGUUUGUGAAAAAUCAUUUACCUCUAGAAGUUAUCUACAGAUACACACCAGAAUUCAUACUGGUGAGAAACCCUUUUCUUGUGAUGUUUGUACGAAAUCAUUUACGAUUAGUAUUAGUCUACAGCAACACAUGAAUACACAUACGGGUGAAAAACCAUUUUCUUGUGAUGUUUGUAGAAAAUCAUUUACCGAUAGAAGUAAUCUGGAGCGACACACCAGAACCCAUACUGGAAAAAAACCCUUUUCUUGUGAUGUUUGUGAAAAAUCUUUUACCUCUAGAAGUUAUCUACAGAUACACACCAGAAUUCAUACUGGUGAAAAACCCUUUUCUUGUGAUGUUUGUACGAAAUCAUUUACGAUUAGUAUUAGUCUACAGCAACACAUGAAUACACAUACGGGCGAAAAACCAUUUUCUUGUGAUGUUUGUAGAAAAUCAUUUACCGAUAGAAGUAAUCUGCAGCGACACACCAGAACCCAUACUGGAAAAAAACCAUUUUCUUGUGAUGUUUGUAGUAAAUCAUUUACCCGUAUUAGUAGUCUAGAUGUACACACCAGAAUCCAUACCGGAAAAAAAACAUAAAUGUGAUGUUUGUAGUAAAUCAUUUACCCACAAUAGUAGUCUACAUAAACAUAAAAGAAUUCAUGCUAGAGAAUAAAAUACUGGUGAAAAGUGAUGUUUGUUGUAUAUCGAUUAACACUGGGAGUGAUCUACAUAAACGUUCAAGAAUUGAUACUGAUGAAAAAUCCUUUUCUUGUGUUGUUUUUAUACGCCCACAUUUUCAUGUGGACGUAUAUUGUUGUCGCCCCUGUCCGCCACAAUUGUUUGUGAACAGUCUACAGGUCACAAUUUUUAUUCGAUUUCAAUGAAACUCGAAAUAUAGGUUUAUCACCCUAAGAUCUCGGUUCCUUUCGAUAUUGGCAUCUAUCGGACCGUAACUUCAUGGAUUAUGGCCCCUGAUUGUACGAAAAAUCACGUUUUUGGCUUGUGAACACUGUAGAGGUCACAAUU